AUGAAUUUAUUCACCAAAGUAGUAUAUUCAUCACUGAUAUUUUGCAUACUACAAGUGAAUCUUGCGUUUUCACGCUGUGCAAAGGAACCGAAAAGUCUUGAAAUAUUGGAUGAAAUCUUGGAUGAAUCGAAGCGCUCAUAUUCCUUGUUUUCGUACGGUUGCCAUCAGUCGUUGAAUGAAAGAUCACAGUGCAAAACCAACAAAAAGAAAUGUUCGCCUGUAGGCAAUCCAUUGCUGCAGAAUUUGUGGUAUUUACUUCAUGAUCUUGAAAACGAAAGAGAGUGUACAUUUGACGAAGUGGAGUGGAGCGGGAUUAAAGAUGACAUUAUGGUGGCACAAGGAGAGCGAGUAACUAAAGAAGAUCAACCUGAUGUUUUUAUUAUUCCAAACUUUUUGACAGAAGAGCAAUGCGAAAAACUGGUGAAAGUACACAAAGAAAUAAGCAACACCAUUCCAAGAAAGUAAGUACAUUCAUUGUAGUACAAACAUUACUUGGAGUUUAUAGUUUCCUUUAAGUAAUAUACACACUACGCUCAAUUUUAGUACCUCCAGGGCUUUAUCCAAGCACUUUUGCUGACCCCAUUUUAGAAAAGAAGAUUCAGUUUUGGUAAUGCACGAAUGCAGCCUUGGGGGUCUAGAGGCAAAGUCCCUGAAAGCUUUUGCUAUUUCGGAAUCUUAGACUAUGUUGUAAUCUUUGUGAAUGAUGUAAUCAUAUGUAAACAUUGUGCACUACCAAAGAGGCCAUGCAUCGAUGUACUCGUAUUCGAGCGUAUUUUUUAAGCGGCUUUUUCACUCUUCCAGCUCAAGGUUGUGUAAAUUUUAGAUUUUAGUUCGAAAAUUUACUUUCUAUUUGUAAUAUUUGUUAAAUCAUCCCAUUUCAUUUUGUGCUGAUUUGAUCGAAAAUUUUAUCAGAAAUCCAAAUGCAUGGUGGGCACAAGACACCAAAAAUAUACGAUCACAGUGAUACGAUAGAGGUAGCUUAAUAACAAACAUCAAACAUGUCUCACAUGUCUCACCCUGUUUCUCGGAAUUCCAAAAACUAAAGCGUGUGAAAAUGAUUUUCUGCUGUUUUUUCUUUUCAUUGGGGGAAGGAUUCAGCUUAAAACCUCAAUCCAAGAUUGAGUUUUGACCUCCGUUUACCGGAGGUCAGAUGGUGCUUGGACAAAGCCCUGACCUCGUACAAUUUUUAUCCGUGCUCAGAUUUCUGUACCUAUUUACUAAGACGGAACAUGCGCGAAUGUCGCAAAAACUUGCACUGACAUUUCAGUCAAGCAACACAAAAAUUUAACAAUUUUCAUAGUUUUCUUCAUUUAUUUGCAAGAAAAAGCUCUGAUGUACUUUGUAGCAGCAGAUAUAUUUAAUGUACAAAACACACAGAAAACUGAAUAAAACCUAGUAAAAUUAAGCGGCAAAAUUCGUCGUUCAGUUUUUAUUUGUCCCGGUAACUAUCAGUCUAGCAUGACCUAGCAUGUUCAUGUGGAAGGUUUGUUUUAAUAUUUUUCAUUUCGCAUAUACCUAUCGUCGCAGGCUUUCGCCUUACACAUUCUGCAUUUCGCCAAGUUGGCCAGUUCACUUUGUCUCGUGGUAUUGCUUUACUUAAGCUGGUUUUCCACUUCAACCGUAUCGGCGAAGCGUAUUUCUUUGUUUCCUGACCACUAGAGUGGAACUAAUGACUUCGACACAAAAGAAAAUGCUACGGAACGUUACGAUACGGUUGAAGUGGAAAACUGGCUUUAAGCAGAAGUGAACGAUGUUUGUGACACGUUCUUUAGCCUUGCGGAACCUUUCCUAUAGCUUCGAAAUUCUCUUUAUCUUAGAGUUAAAUUUCUAUCAUUUUUAAUGUCAAAGAACACGUUUCCCAUGCUGCGUCGUUGACGUUGUUGCUGUUUUUCCCAACUCUUACAUUUUCUUUGACAUUUUUAUGUGUCAGAAUACGUCAACAAAUUUGUUGCGAGUAUCCUAAGUAUCGUAAUGUGCAGACUCUUCGGAUCUUAUUGCUAUUCUCCUUUUUUACUAGAAAGUUUUGGAGAUUUUCAACAACAAAACAACUACUCGAAGCUAUUUUCAAAGCUUCGUUAUCGCCAGAUGAGUAUAAUAUUUCCAUGAAUGUAAUGGAAAAUUGUGAUGGAGGCACCAUAGAUGGUUUGAAUAUCAGCCAAAAGUUGACGAAAGUUCUCAAUAUUAGUUCCAGUGUCCUGGUACCUAGGGGAGAAAAUAAUGAUGUCGAUGCUCUUGAGAGCAACAUUCAAGACAUGAUAAAAUUGCCGAGGACGAACGCAUACCACACCCAACUGGUGAAAUAUGAAGCAAAAAGUGAGGUAAGAAGGCCCCUUUUGAAACUGUCUAAAAACUGUUGAAAACGCAACAAAAAUGUCAAGGGGGCGGGGGGAUCCAAAAAUUUCCAGAAUUAUUGUUGUGAUUUCGAACACACAAAAAUCCUGGUAUGCUUUUUUCAGAAUAACACUAUACAAUCCUCACCUUUUUUUCUUCCUACACAAACACAUCUGUCCCAUUGCCUCUUCCAUCCCUACAUACUAUGUGCCUUUGCUUUGUCUAUUAUUUAGUACAAAGCGCAUACAGAUUGUCAUCAUAUUGCUAAUGAUCGAAUGGCAACUAUUAUAAUUUACCUUACUGACGUUGACGAGGUGAGAUCGAUAUAUUGUAUGGAUAAAUCAUCGCCAACAAAUUUUCGACUGUAAGUGAAUAACCAUUCUAAUAAUUCCAAUUGAAAUAUAAUAUGAAGCUGCGAUUAGACGUUUUUAAGUCCCUAUGAAGGGCCUUCGCUCGAAACGUCAAAGUUCUACUUCUAUUUCUCAGGUAGCUGCAUGUUUAUAUCAGACCACAACUGUCGCUUAGAUAUAUAAUGCAUAUCAAAUUAUCCAACUCAAUUAUUAAUUCAUUUGCAUUUUUACUGAUAUAGAACAAUAAUAGCUGUGUUUCCUUUAUUAACUUUGAAACAGUAAUCUGUAAAGCAAAAAAGAGGCAGCUGAAACACUAGUACUGGUCUAAAAAUUAGACCUGAAUAGUUCAUGUUACCGCCACAAAUCUACUGUGGUUUUAGUGCGUGUUAAAGGCGGCCCACGAGGCUUUUAGUCAGUGGUAGGACGGCCUAGGGCGGAAACAUGUUGUAUUGGUUAGAUGGAAUAUGUUAUUCAGAGGUCUAUAUACUGUAACUUUCUAAAUUUGGCUAAUGGCAAAUAAUGAGGUUAUACCAUUAUCGUGCCCUAGAGUCUCAUUAUCUGCUGUUUAAAAGAUUCUAAAACCACUAGAAUAGGUGUAGAAAGCUGUAUUUUUCAAGUGAAUUCGAAAACGAAAUUCGGCAUCUUCCUUUAAAAUAUGUUUACCAUGUUUCGUUUUGCCUCGCCUGAAGCAAAUAUCCGUUCGUUUUUGUUUUAGGGUGGUGAAACAGUUUUUCCUUUCCUAAAUAUUUCCAUCAAACCACGACGUGGAAUGGCUGUUGUUUGGAGAAA